UCAUUUCUAACCCUUACCCUAGCCCAGGGAGAAACAACAACUGCCUGGGUUUUUGUCUCCGCCACUUCUUCUACCUCUCGUUUUCGUUGUUAACUCUUCUUCUCGACCUCUCUGCUUUGUCAGCAGAUUUACUUCGAAGGACGAGUAUGGGUUACACGAAGGAUCAGCUGCUUGCUCGUUUGAAGGAGCUUCAAAUUGAUUUUGCUCAGUAUGAACAUCCCAUCGUUUUGACUGUUGAAGCUCAGGCGAAAUAUGUCGGUGAUAAGGGAGGUGGACUGAGUAAAAAUUUAUUCUUGAAGGACAAGAAAAGUAGAUUCUAUAUUGUUUCUGCUUUGGCAGAUACAAAAGUAGACAUGAAAGUUUUAUCUCAAAGGCUUGGUUUGGGAAAAGGAGGUAUAAGAAUGGCUCCAGAAGAAUCAUUGGGGGAGAUACUUCAGGUUCCUCUGGGUUGUGUUACUCCUUUUGCAGUGGUGAAUGAGUCAGCAAGACAUGUGUCACUCUUGCUGGAUAAAGGAUUUAAAACACAGGAGCAUUGCUUCUUCCAUCCACUGUCUAAUGAUACAUCAAUUUCUCUUCAUGCUAAUGAUCUUGACAAGUUUCUUAAAUCAAUUGGGAGAGAGGCAGCAUAUGUUGACCUGGAGGCUAAUCCACCAGUAGGGAAGGAUCAACCUCCUGAUCUGGCAGCUUUUGUUCCAUCUGGUUCUACCAUUCUGUCUGAUCCUGCAGAAAAGGCUAUUCCCUUGCAAGGUCAUGCUGAAACUUCUGUUUCUGCAGACAAGAAAUCCACAGCUACUGCAGAUGCAGUAAAAACUGCCAAGGUACCUGUUGCUGUAAAAAAUGUUAAAGAAAAGUCUGUUGUUUCUCCGCAUCGGCCAAGUGUUUUCUCAGAUGCUGAGCUUCUUGUGGAGGAAAUUCUGAAUAAAACGUCCAGUCUUGUGCUGUCAGAGAUUAAAGAAGACUUUAUCAGGCAACAUGGUGAACAUCUUGGAACUGUGGUUGCUGACAAUAUUAGAAAGCGUCUUAGCUCAGAUUUUAAGAGCCUUGCUGUAAUGUUCAAGAACACAGCUUAUGCACAGGGGUUUUAUGCUGGCACUCACCAUCAUCGCAAGCCAUUGUGAAUUGGCUGUGCAACGGUCGGAUGAAUUGACAGAAUCCAUUUCAAAAUAUAUUAUGUUCAAUUAUGGUUUUUGAUGACAGGCUCUGACAAUGCUUUCUGGGUUCUGUCGCACCCACGACUAGCAAAGCAAUCAAGUAUGAAUUCACAGAAUGUUAUGUGAUCAAACUUGAGCUAUUAAUCCCAGUUAACAGUUGAAAGUUGUAGGCGAAUUAUUUUUUUCCAUUUUUAUCAAUGUUGUUGGUGAUGUGAUACGAGUAUUUGGACUGCGUAUUACCCUAUUAUUGAUCAAUUUAAGUAUUUCAGUUGAACUA